AUGUCUCAUAGCUCGGCAUCUAGCAAGCUAUCGACAGAUUCAAGGUCUGCCGAUGAGCAGCGGCUGCGGGCAAAAUGGGCGUCACUCUUCUACUUCACCUCCAGGAGGCAUAUUGCCCCCUUGAUCUUAGCACUCGCCUUCAGCGUUGCCUGUGGUCUUACUGUUCCCUUACUUGCCUGGAUACUCGGCAGGCUAUUUAACGCGUUUUCUAAUUUUGCUUCUCAUUCGAUCUCUGCUGGCCAGCUGCUGUCGGAUACUUCUCUCGAGUGCACAUACUUUUUAGCCAUCGGUUCCGGCAUUUGGUUUUUGGACUGUGUAUACUUUUCACUAUGGGUUAUUUUCGGAGAGCUACAGGCUAAGAAUGCGAGGAAAUGGGCAUUUGAAGAGCUGCUGCACAAGGAUAUGCAGUGGUUUGACGGAGUACCUGAUGGCCUCCCUGCCGUCUUGCCUCGAAUCCAAGCAUAUAUUCGUGACCUUCAACUCGCAACGUCUCAGCCGCUGGGAGCUACAGUUUACAAUCUUACUGCCUCAAUAGUAGCCCUGGUGUUGGCUAUGUACAUAUCUUGGAGCUUAACGCUCGUAUGCCUUGCGAGCGUGCCCAUAUGCGCGAUUAUAAUUGCGGUCUUCUCGUCAAAGAUCCAACCAAAGAUCACGUCUCAGCAGGCAGAACUCACAAGGGCGUCAAAAAUUGUGACCACGGCCAUCUCCUCCAUCGAUGUGGUGAAACAUUUCAACGGACUAGAAACGGAAGCCGAGAAGUAUAAAGCAGCAAUUGGGGUAGCUGCUGGUUGGUACUAUAAGGAAGCCCUCUACAGUGCCUCGCAGAUUGGCCUUAUCUCCCUUUUAACCUUUGGCAUGUUUGUACAGGGCUUUUGGUACGGCAGCUACCUUGUGGGUAAGGCCGGUGAUACAACUUUCGUUGCUGGCAAAAGUGGCUCCGGAAAAAGCACAAUCGGGAAUUUACUCAUGGGCUUCUAUGCACCAACCUUUGGGGAGGUAUAUAUCGACGACAGAUUGAUUCAAACUUUGGACGUGAAUUGGAUCCGUAACAAUAUUACCCUGGUUCAGCAAGAGAGCAUCCUUUUCAAUGAAUCAAUAUUAAAGAAUAUCACCUUCGGCUCCCAGGAUGCCGAGAAUAUCACAGCCCGAGAUAUAUCCGCGGCCACGAAACUCGCUGGUCUUCAAGAUACCAUCCUUAGCUUCCCCUUGGGGCUUGACACGAUUGUUGGCACCGGUGGCAGUUCAUUGAGUGGAGGCCAGCGCCAAAGGGUAGCAUUGGCAAGAGCAAGAUUGAGGGAUACUCCAAUCUUGAUACUCGACGAGUCCACCAGCGCAAUAGACUACUCUGGGAGAAUUCACUUGAUGAAUUCCAUUCGUGCCUGGCGACAGGGGAAGACCACCAUCAUUAUCACCCACGACCUGUCUCAGAUUCGAUCGCAAGAUUUUGUGUAUGUUGUCGACCAAGGGAGAAUUGCACAGCAGGGCUAUAAGCAUGUCCUAGAGAAACAAGCAGCCGGCAUCUUUGACCUUAGCCAUCUUGUAACUUUACCACCAACGUCCACAUCACCUCCGAUCUGGACUCCGAAAGCCACUUCCCCUCCGCUAGAACGAAGGAGGGGGUCAGGCUUUAGCAGCGUGGAAAACCGGGUGGCCGAGCGGCGCUCAUUACCAACACCCCUUUCUCCAUUCUUUCACCGCAGCAUUUCCGUUGAGCGAGCCUAUGCAGAGGCAGACCAAACCGGACGGCUGCGGCCAACCACCGUCAUGACUCUGAUCGGGUUUAUCUGGGGAGUGGCAGUGUGCUGGAAGCUGGCUCUAGUUGGAGCUGCCACUGCGCCUCCUCUGUACGGCCUGACGAGGCUCUAUGAGAAGAUCAGUGGAUUUUGGGAGAACAGGUCGAAUCAAGCUAGCGAGACGAUGGCGGGAUUGUUUACUGAAACGUUUCUUGAUAUUCGAACGGUUCGAUCGUUGACCUUGGAAUCAUACUUCCAUACCAAGCACGAUAGGGCUAAUUACAAGACUCUGACAAUUGGGAUCAAGAGAGGUUGCUAUUCUGGCCUGUUCUUUGGGUUUUCAGAAUGUUCAAUUCUUUUCGUCUACGCUCUCGUCUUCUACUACGGGGCAGUUCUUGUUUCGAGCUCUCAGUAUUCAGCCAAGGAUAUCCUAAUGGUGUUCUCAAUGUUGCUCUUUAGCAUGGCGAAUGUGAAAGGAGUGCUCGCACUGGUUCCACAGAUCAGCUCUUCCAAAGACUCUGCAACUAGGGUUCUGCAGCUAGUCAACAUGCAGGACGAUCAGUCGCAUGAACACCAGGGUAGUCUGCGCAUCCCAGACCCGGCUCCUCUAAAUUUCAGCGGCGUGGAUUUCAGUUACCCGAAUCGGCCAGAAAAGAGAAUCCUGAAGAACUUCAACCUGACGAUCCCCUCGGGUUCCUGCACUGCGAUCGUUGGGCCCUCGGGUUCGGGGAAGUCGACCGUAUCCUCGCUGCUGCUUGCGCUCUAUCCAUCUCCGCCGUCCCAAAGUAACAAGGGCACCGUCACGCUGGGUGGCGUAAACAUCCGCAACAUCCAUGUCCCUACUCUGCGUUCAUUGAUCUGUAUCGUCCCACAGGACCCUACACUCUUCCCUGCCUCGAUCAAGGAUAACAUCACCUACGGCCUUGCCGAAAGCUCCCCACUCAACACGAUGGAGAAUAUCCAAGCAGCAGCCACGGCAGCAGGAAUUCACGACUUUAUCUCUUCGCUACCAUCUGGCUAUGGCACGCUCGUUGGAGAUGGCGGAAUAGGUGUUUCUGGCGGCCAGGCCCAAAGAAUUGUGAUUGCCCGGGCACUUGUUCGUCGUCCGCGAGUGCUCAUAUUAGACGAGGCAACAUCUAGCCUUGACGUCGAGAGCGCCACUGUGAUUAGACAGACGGUGGCAAAGCUGAUGGCAUCUGGACGGAGGUUGACGGUGAUUAUAAUCACACAUGCAAGGGAGAUGAUGGAGCUGGCGGAUAACGUGGUGGUCGUGGACGGGGGCACAGUGGUUGAAGAAGGACCAUUCGCAGACCUGAGCAGUCGAAGUGGCGGGAGGUUGAGACGGCUCUUGAGGAUGCAGCUGUAA